AGUUGGAUCCAGUUGGAGUUGGAUUGGAUUGGAUGGACUCCGGGAGUUUGGGCUGUGUGUUUCUCGGUUGUGGCUGAGACUUUCCUGGAGUACACUGUAGGGCUGGGCAUCAGGGAGGCGGAUCCCUUUCAGCUGGGGAGGCGGUGACUGUGUCCCGGACCGGACUGUGCCGGUGCUGCAUACCGAGAGGUUGUUCCUGACCAUGUACACCAUUACCCGGGGACCCAGUAGGCUGGCUACACAGCGGAGGACGGGUCCAUCCCAGCAGAUCGAAGCCAAGUCCGGUUGUGACCUCAAGCUGAAACCGGUGGGGAGUUGCCCAGCUCCGAAGCUGGUGUUUAACCGAGUGAAUGGGAAGCGCUGUCCAACUCCAGGAAUUAUAGACACCCAGGAAGAGGAGCACACGCCGGCUCAUGAAGAGAAUGUCCAGUUUGUUUACGAAGCAUGGCAGCAGGUAGAAGAGCAGCUUGGAGCCAGCCAGGAGAAUGGGCAGCAUGCACAUGGGCCAGUGCAAUACGUGGAGAAAACACCAAGCCAAAACCUGAAGAGUAGGUGCCAGGGACUUUGUCCCGAUUGAUCUCGAAGAGUGGUGGGCAAAACAGUUCUUGGCCAAUAUCCAGAACUCCGCCUAAAUGUCCUCCUCUAGGGGAAGAGUGUCAGCAGCCAGUUAACACUUGGACUUCUUCAGAUCUCUCCCCAAUGUCUGUGAUUCGCACAUGAAGACAUUUUUUUUGUAAAACCUGGAUCAGUUGGAACUCUCAACAAGUGACCUCUCAGCUUCGACUGGAUGAAAUUCACUCACCUCUGAGCAAUAAAGCUGCAAGUCUGUGAGCAGGAACCCCAGAAAUGUAUUGCAUAAUAUUUCAGAAGAUACUUCUCCUUUUGUUUUGUUCUUAAUGAGUCAUAUUAUGCUCUGUCUGUGCCAGCACAUACCUGAUGACAUCCUGGAACAUCUAGGCCCAGGUUACAGCUGCACCCAACAUGUGGCUUGAGUGGAAUGGCGAGAAAAACACCAAAAACAAUUGUGCCUGGGGCACACUGGAUUCUGCGCAGGGCUUCCCCUCCCCCCUCACCCCCUCCAGAGGAGAAUAUAUCCUCCUGUCCACUGUGGCUGCUGUCUGUCUCGGAGACAAGUAUCCCCCCCCCCCCC